GUCUGUUUACGUUUCUGGGAAGCAAUUACAAUAUUUUUAGUACGAGUACAGUAGUUUGCACAGCAACGAGCACUGACUGUAGUUGGCAAGAACGUUUCAGGUCACAAUGGAUGUGUUCCUCAGGCGUAAAUUAUGCAGAGGCAGGAGCGUGGCGCUCGCCUAUAUCCGAUUUGCUAGUCGUUCGUCCAAGAAAGGCGAUCAAGCAGCCGAGGAGAAGGUUACAUUUGGAAAGGUUGGCAACAGCUUGAAAUGUGGCGUGGUCGGCGUGCCCAAUGUAGGCAAAUCAUCCUUCUUCAACCUGGUCACCAAUGGCAAGGCGAAGGCGGAGAACUACCCGUUCUGCACGAUUGACCCCAACGACGGCAGAGUGGCCGUCCCGGAUGCCCGGCUGGACAAGCUGUGCGAGAUGUACAAGCCGCAGAAGCGCACGCCAUCCUACCUCCACGUGACCGACAUCGCCGGGCUGGUGAAGGGCGCGCACGAGGGCAAGGGGCUGGGCAAUGCGUUCCUGAAUCACAUCAGCGCCGUCGACGGCAUCUACCACCUGUGCCGAGGCUUCGACAGCAUUGACGUGUCGCACGUGGAAGGCACGGUGGACCCGGUACGCGACCUGGAGAUCAUCGCCCAGGAGCUGCGCCUCAAGGACCUGGAGUACCUGGAGACGCGGCUGCCGGGCCUGAAGAUGAAGAUCAAGAAGGACGCGGUGGCCAAGACCGAGUACGACACGCUACUCAAAGCGCACUCGUUUCUGGAGAACGGCACUGCGGACGUGCGCAAUGGUGAGUGGAGCGAGGCGGAAGUGCGUGCGCUCAACCCACACUUCCUUCUCACGGCGAAGCCGGCGAUAUACAUCCUGAACGUCAGCAAGGACGAGUACGUAGCCGGUGAGUACAAGUAUCUGAGUGCGGUGGAGGAAUACGUGGGCAGGCGCGACAGCGGGCGGCCGCUUGUCAUCCCGUUUAGCGUGCAGUAUGAGCAGGAGGUGCUGGACGGCGUGGAGGAGGCGCUCGCCGAAAGCGCUGUGCCCGCGGCGGUCCGCGCCGGCUUCCGCUGCCUCAACCUGAUCUCGUUCUUCACGGUCGGCGCGGACGAGGUGCGCGCCUGGCCGGUACACAUGCACUGCAAGGCGGCGCAGGCCGCGGGCCGCAUACACACCGACUUCGAGAAGACAUUCAUCCUGGCGGAGGUGUGCUCGUACGACGACGUCAUCCAGCACGGUGACGAGGCGGCAGUGAAGGCGGCCGGCAAGCAGCGGCGCCAGGGCAAGGAGUACAAGGUUGCCGAUGGCGACGUCAUGCAUUUCAAGUGCGGCUCCAGGAAGAAGUAGACGACGCCUGGGUAAUAGUAUGGCGGGUCGACGGCGACGUCGUGAUGAUGUCAUAGUAUACGUGUAGUGAUGUCACCAUGAUGUUAUGGCUGGCUGUUGGACUUGGCGGACCAUCGAAUGAAUGAUGUCACUGGGACAACAUGGUGUUGGAGGACCAUCGAACGGCAUGUCUUACAGGACAUUGUGGCAUGGCAGUCUUGCUCGCUUCCCAUGCGGCAGAGGAGCAUACCGUUAGGCGACCUGCUGGUCUGCUUCUGUUGCCUUGCCAAAACACUAGUGUCACAGAUGGUCUAAUGGGAUCAGUCAGCGAUGUGUGCUGAUCACCGCGCAGCCAAGUGGCGUAGGCAGAAUCAGAGCUGGCCAAUUUCAACGUGCGUUGACGGCGACCGGUUGUAUCCACCCGCAUGCAAGCUCAGCUCGCCAGGCCGGUAGAUCUACAGCCCACUGAUGUUGUUGCUGGGUGCCGUCUCGAGCUUAUGCCCGGAGGACGGCUGUGCUUGCUGCAGCGUGCCUGUGUGGAAGCGGCGUGCUGAUGCAUGUGCUCGCGGCCAGUACCACAACGUAGUGCACUCUAGACCUGUCCUGGAUGUCACUGGCGUGACUCGCGAGUUGCGCCUGCAGACACUGGUGCAUGCAGAAGCUAGUGUGAACUGCCAACGCCACAGCGUAUCUGUACAGUGGAGAUUUGGCUUGUUCACAAUUCGUGCACGCAAUUAGCACCUGCCGCAGCCUGCAGCUAGUGUGAACUCCCAACGCUACAGCAUAAUUAUGUGUACAGUGGAGAUUCGGCUUGCUUGCUCGCAAUGCAUACAUUCGUACAAUUAGCACCUGCCACAGCAGUGCAACAGAGCAGUGCGGCGCGCAGUUGCGUUCAAUCAGAAUGCAGUUUGCCGUGUGUACGAGUGCCGCCUGAAAACGUGGCGUGUCUGCUCCAGAGAGCCCGAUCGGUUGUAAAACUGUGUCACAAAAUUAUUUUCGUUUACGUUGUGUCGUGCUGCCAACCUUCUGCUUGUAUGGACGGUUGUGGCUUGUACCGCCAACGACAAUGUCCGCCGCCGCCAGGACCUGCGGUGUCGCUCGGUUUGCUGAGAAUCUGCUUUCCUGCUUGUAGGCAUCGCCAGGACUGUUCUGUUGUGAUGUUCCUGGCACGGAACGUGUCGGUAGAUGCACUAGAGCCCUCCCUCGCGUAUCUCGUUCAUUUGUUCCUGUGUCUCUUUCUCAGCUGCUUGCCCGUGGUGUGUGCUCCGAUCGUGUAUCUUGCGUGUCACCAGUGUUGUGCGUGGGUGGCGCUCAUUUCACGUUGGAUUUUCCAGGAGUUAUUUUUUUGCCGUAGUUCCGUUUGCCAGAGUCCUCGACUUGGUCUGCAUUUUUUUGCUACAAAAUUUGCUACAAAAACAUUCUUCACAAUUCCGAAUGCCUUUUCACGCUGUUCUGUUGUACGUGUACCGGUAGCAACAGCAGCCACAGCAUGAGUGGGUUCAGCAAUGGCUGCGCUGAGCAGCGUCGCGUCACACUGCAACUUCACCGCACCGUCCGUUCGAGUAUCGUUGUACAUCGUUUCGGGCAUUGCCGUUGCCAAGGUCCUGCUGACUGGUGGCUUGUGUUGCAAGUCAUUCUCAAGGCCAUUCUUUGGUUACAGCUUUCUUUAAAAAAACAAAACAAAUGGUGGGUCUGAUCUACUCACCUUCCACCGCUUUAGGAGCUGCAUCUGCGCCUUGAUCUUUGAGGGUGGUGGCGUCCCAGCGGAUGCAGAACAUUCGGUCUCCAGGCGAGUCUCUCGCGAACCGUGAAUUCUCCUUCUUUUUUUAAUGACUGUAUUAAAAAAAUCAUUCUUUUCUUGCAAAGCGAUGCUCUGCUCUAAGAUAGGAGACAACGCCAUGCUUUGCCGUCUCAACUCGUAUGACAUCGGCGAUUCGUGUCAAGUCAUACGAUAAGUGUGUUUGUGCGCGUGUGCAACUAUAGUGCUUGUGUGCGUUCUCUUUGACUCAUCACGGUCUUGACUCUUGUU